CAGGAACUUGACUCGAGGAUAAUCAGAGAAUUGACUCAACGUUACAUUUUAGGAAGUGGUAUUAGAAGUGACAGAAACGCGUCAAACCAAAGGGAGCUGAAAAUCACAGCUGAACCACGGAAUAAAGAAGUAAUCGGAUUUAAAAACAUCAUGCAUCUGCAAAUUCGGCUUCCGCUGUCUUUGAUGCGUCGUGUGUUUUUCCAGAAAAACACGCAGCCAAACUGACACGUGCAUGCACACACAGAGCGCAUCUUUGUUGUGUUUUCCUGAAUGCCGUGCAUCGGGGUGAGGAUGAGGGAGAACAAGCCACACUCUCCAAAAGCUGAUGACUGACACAUAAAGUUCAGGAGGAAACUUAUUCUCUUUCUGUUCUCCUUCUUCAGCUGAAAUGGAUCAGCCUCUUCUGGACCGACUGUCUGCUUGGGGCUGCUGCUCCUGCAGCACCUUGAAGGCCUGGCUGCCGAUCCUCACCUGGCUGCCAAAGUACAAGCUGGUGUGGCUUCAGAUGGAUCUGCUCGCAGGCCUCACUGUCGGCCUGACAACCGUACCGCAGGCACUGGCUUACGCUGAAGUAGCCGGCCUCCCCGUGCAGUACGGACUCUACUCUGCCUUCAUGGGAGGCUUCAUCUACACCAUCCUGGGGACGUCUAAGGAUGUGACACUGGGUCCCACGGCCAUCAUGUCCUUGUUGUGUUUCUCGGUGGUGGGGGGGCAGCCACAUCGAGCCGUGCUGCUCAGCCUGCUCUGCGGACUCAUCCAGUCGGGAAUGGGAUUACUGAGAUUAGGUUUCUUGCUGGACUUCAUCUCCUUCCCUGUUAUAAAAGGUUUCACUUGUGCUGCUGCGGUAACCAUUGGCUUCGGCCAGGUCAAGAACAUUCUGGGCCUCCAGGGUGUUCCUCAUGAGUUCUUUCUGGAGGUUUACUACACAUUCUACAAGAUCCCAGAGGCCAGAACAGGGGACGUGGUGCUGGGCCUGCUUUGUCUCGCCGUGCUGGUCAUGUUGUUCUUCAUGAAGGAGAGCCUGGGCUCGGAGGAAGCUCCUACCUGCUCCACAGUUGCCAGGAAACUAGUGUGGACCGUUGCCACCAUGCGCAACGCGCUUGUGGUCGUGGCUGCAUCCUUGGUGGCGUUUUCCUGGAAUGCUUACGGCCAUCCCGUGUUUACGGUCACUGGGGAGACUUCCCGGGGGCUCCCUCCGUUCAGACCUCCACCCACCUCAGACACCACAGCCAACGGCACGUUCGUCUCCUUUGGAGAGAUAGUAGAGGACUUUGGGGGAGCGCUCGCUGUGAUUCCCUUCAUGGGUCUGUUGGAAAGCAUUGCUAUUGCUAAGGCUUUUGCCAGUCAGAACGACUACAGAAUUGAUGCCAACCAAGAGCUGCUGGCAAUUGGUGUGACCAACAUCAUGGGCUCCUUUGUGUCGGCCUACCCUGUGACCGGCAGCUUUGGAAGGACAGCAGUGAACUCCCAGACUGGGGUUUGCACUCCAGCUGGAGGGAUCGUCACCAGUGUGAUAGUGUUGCUCUCCCUGGCGUUCCUCAUGCCGGCCUUCUACUACAUCCCCAAAGCCUCUCUAGCUGCUGUUAUCAUUUGUGCCGUAGCUCCCAUGGUGGAUUAUCGGGUCGUCAGCAAGAUGUGGAACAUACGCAAGCUGGACCUGCUGCCGUUCGUUGUGACGUUCCUGAUGAGUUUCUGGCAGGUGCAGUACGGCAUUGUGGGAGGUGUGGCUGUAUCUGGAGCACUGCUGCUCUACAACAUGGCAAGACCACCAAUAACGGUGUCUGAUCACGGUGUGCUGGUGAUGGAGUUAGGCAGUGGACUGAGUUUUCCUGCCACAGAGUAUCUCAGCCACAUCAUACACACUCAGGCUCUGCAGGCGUGUCCUCCGAGGUCAGUGGUGCUGGACUGCCAUCAUGUCAGCAUCAUAGAUUACACCGUGAUCAAUGAGCUCAGGGACCUGCUGAGACAGUUCCGACUGCGAGAAGUGCAGCUGGUCUUUUGCAGAUUGCAGCUCUCUGUUCUGAAGGUUCUCCUUGCAGCCGAUCUGCAGGGCUUCAGCUAUAAAGAUAGCGUGGAGGCGGCGCUGCAGAUGGAGUCGGAGCGAUUGAACACUGAUCAGUGACGUUUCUAAUCCUAGAUUGUUGAGCUGUUAUCCAGUUUAAAAGAAAUGAACUACCUCCAGGAACUGGCUUCACUGGCUGUUACAGCUCAACAGGACUUGAAUCUUCUCCAAGACGACGUUACCAUCGCAAUAGUAGACAAGAAGUCUGAAACUGUGUUUUGGAGUGUUUCAUAUUCUUUUGAGGGACAUAAUUAUUUUUGAUGGAAUGAGGAUGCAAUAAGAGAAAUACUAUUUACACAUUUUUUGAAGGGGAUCUUCUAUGGACCAAAUCUGAAUUUACACAAAAGGAAUAGUGAUGACAUGUGAUUCAAUAAUGGACCAGAGCAAAGACAAUGCUUGUGCCACUAUCAUUAUUUAUCUGUCUAUCUUGAUGGACAUUGCGAUGGCUUUCUCUUUGUUAAAAAAUUCUCACUCUACACCGGAGUAAAAUCAUCAAAACAGGAUAUUAAAUGUUGGCACACACAAGGCAUGCGCCAAGCCUACUCAAAGGUUUUCAUCUUUGCAUCAGAAAUACAUAGUAUUUUAUUAUAGAUAGAUAAACAGGGAAACUAAACUAAGCUAAAACAGGGUGGGGGUUGUGGGCAAAACCCAAGUGCUGGUAGUCGACCUUGGAUCUAGACGAUCAUCUUUGGCACCACAGGAUUAUAAACAUUGACGCACAAACAUAUUGAUUAUCAGAUGACCCAGAACACCAUUUGCCUCUAUGUUCAAGAGCACAAACUUUCUGUCGUACUAAGGUGAAACAUUAUUGCAGUUUUCCAAAACUUUUUUUCAUGUUUGUAAUUGAUUGCAAUUUCUGAUUGUGCUACAUUUCUUUGUUUUCAAAGUAAAACAUUUACAUUUA